CACGAAACGCCUCAAUCUUUCUUAUCUAAAAGUUUCGAGCUUCGAGCUUCGAGCUUCAAGACAAACUUCAGUUUGGUUGUCAGUCCAAGCUUCACAUCAAGAUAUCAGUUUGGCGUAAGGCAUAUCCCUUUUGUGUGAGAGCUCCAUCCAUCUCCUUGCUUCCUAUUCACGCCCUUCCUUUCUCUAGAGUAGUCUUUAGUAGCGUUACAUUCCACUCCAUCCUACCUUCACGAUUUCCCCACAGAGAAGUCUUCACCCGCAAUUGCAACUGCAUUGCAACCCCAACCCACACUAAUAAACAAACCACCAUACUAAACCCACUAAGCACACGAUGAGCACCUCCCAAAAAACCGUCCUCAUAACCGGGUACCACUCCCCUCUAUCCCUCUACCAUCUUCUCUUCGACUAACCCACCAACCCCGCAGUUGCACAGCAGGCGGAAUCGGACAUUCGCUCGCUCUCGAUUUCCAUUCGCGCGGCUACAUAGUUAUUGCCAGCGCGCGUUCCGCGUCUAAAAUUGAAGAUUUGAAGGAAUUGGGUAUUAGGACAUUGAGUCUAGAUGUUACGGAUGGGAAGAGUAUUGAGGGAGCGAAGAGGGAUGUAGAGGGCUUGAUUGAGAGCGGGGUGAUUGCCGGUUUGGAUGUUCUGGUUAAUAAUGCGUGAGUAGAAACGGGUCUUUUGGGAAGGGUUGAGGAAGGGGAAGGGGAUGUGUGGUGAGAUGGGAUUGGAGAUGUGGUGCUAAUGUAUUGCGUUGUAGGGGAAGAAAUUGUACGAUGCCUGCUCUGGAUGUAGAUUUGGACGAUGCGAGACAUUGUUUUGAAACGAAUGUUUUCGGCGUCAUGGCUAUGUGCCAGGUCUUUACACCUCUAUUAAUCAAACGAAAAGGGCUCAUUGUCAAUAUUGGAAGUUUAGCAGCAGUACGUUCAUCCAUUCCUCCCAUCCAAUCUCUCACCGUCCAAUUUCUUUCAUACAACAACAUUCUAACCCGACCUCUACAGAUCCUCCCCUACGUCUUCGGCAGCGUAUACAACGCCUCCAAAGCCGCCCUACAUGCCUACUCCCGUACUCUCCGCCUCGAACUCGCACCCUUCUCCGUCCGCGUAAUGGUCGUCGUAACAGGCGGCGUCCAAUCAAACAUUGCUCGCACCCCGCGCGCAUUACCCCCCUCAUCCCUCUACCUCGACAUCGAAGAUGAGUUCCAAACAAGAGUAGUUCAUUCUCAGAGUGCAGGAUCGAUGCCCAAUGCGGAAUAUGCAAAGGGAGUAGUGGACGCGGUUGUGAAAGGGGGUGUGAGGACCUUGUGGAGGGGAAAUAAGACGUGGAUUGUUUGGUUUGCGAGGAAUUGGUUGGGAAGUUGGUUUUUCGAUUUAGUCCUGCCUGGGAUGUUUGGGUUGAGGAGGUUGGAGGCGUUGGUGAGGGGGAGGAGCGUUGGGGAUGGGAAGAAGAUGUUGUGAGUAGAUGAGAUAGGUGAUUGAAUUGUUGCAAGGUACUUGUCGUUUUAGCAUGAGCAAUUCCGUUGGUGGUUGUGGGUCCAUUAUCGUUGUUAUAAGGAUGCUCGGAUGUAGUUUUCCGUAGACUUAUUUCCUACACUUCGAUAGAACUCGUUGGCUAGAAAACCCUAUGAUGCGUUCAAGGCACGCACUUUAUGUCACAAGAUUCCCCGCUUAGAGUGUCUUUAUAUGUAAUAUUUUUCGCUUCUUUA